AUGAGAGCUUCGUCUUUUGUUGCAGGAGCGGCGCUGCUUCUUGCCGGCUGCUCCAAUGGUAUCAACAUUCUCUUGAACAAUGACGACGGCUUUGGAUCUGGCAACUUGCGCGAGCUGUACAAGCUACUGAAAGCUGCAGGCCACAAUGCUGCCUGUACCUUUGUGGCUCUUGACUACGUCCUGCCCAACUUCGGUGACUUCAAGAUACCUGACCUGGUCGUGACCGGUCCGAACUAUGGUACAAACGUCGGCCCCUUUGUUUGGACCCUUUCGGGAACCGCCGGCGCAGCUUAUGCUGCCACUGCGCGCAGCAUUCCUGCGAUUGCGACAUCCGGGAGCAACAAAGCCGUUGCGUACACCGAGGUUAAUAGCACCACUCAUCCGGCAGCUCUCGUUGCUGCUGUGGCCGCGAAGGUCGUCCUAGGCAUCAUUGAAAGCGUCCCCACAGGUGGCCCAAUACUGCCUCUUGGUUACGGCAUGAACGUGAACAUUCCUCCUCUGACCACCAACAAUACGUCUCCUGCCAUCGUUCAGACUCGUAUGACGGGCAAUGCCGAGGUUGACGAGGCCGUCCCUGGAGAAACACCGGGAACUUUCACCUGGGCAAACAUCCGGCCGUAUGCUGCCGGCGUGAAUGCUUGCUAUAAUGGUGAUUGUAGCCUGCCUGGAGAAACGUAUGUCGUGCAGAAUGGCAAAGUUUCUGUCUCAUUAUACACUGUUGACUAUACCGCUCCAACGAAUGGUUACACCAAGUCAAUCAUGAGCAGGUUGAAGUCAUUGACAAGCUGCUCUUGA